GUGUACCCUUCAUGUUAAUUGGAUGAGUUCUGAGUAUUAGCAUUUGUCAGGGUCCUUUAACUAAAUGUCUAAAUUGCCAUCAUUGCAUGUGUAUGAAUGAAAUCUUACAGACAUGACCAAAGUAAAGCAGGCUUCUUUGUCUUCUGAGUGCCUUACCACUUGAGAAAAAAAGAGCUUAUGCAUUCCUCUAUUGCAAACUGAAAAAAUGUGUAUCUAAGAGCUUAGAGUGGACAGUCCAAAAACCCAGUGUGAGCUAAAAAGCCCACAAUAGCAGCCAACAAGCUGCUGCAGCUGCUGCUGGGAAGUGUCUCUCUUUUCAGAAGAGGAACAAAUAUCAUCAUGUGCCCCCCUGAUGUGACCUGAAAAUCAUGCGCUGAACAAAAAGUGUCCAUGAGGAGCACAGGGGGGGCUCAAAGGCGAAGCACAAAGUUUUCUUAGAGGCAUUCAAUAAGUUCAGGUUAAAUCUAAAGGAACAAAAAACACUUCACUGUAUUACAUGAAAAACAUGUACUCAUUACAUACCCUCACAGUGCUGAAUGGUUUUCAUAACUCUUUCAAUGCACGUGACGUGAAGAGUUAAGUAAGAUUUGCUUUAGGCAAAAUUCUGGCUAUUUACCACUUACGUUAUCACACUGAAUGUUUUUGUAAAGUCAUUACAUAAAGAAGAUUUAUGUACAUGUCAUUUUGCACUCAGACUAAUAAAGUAACUUGGGGUGUUGCCUUUAAUAACAAUUUAUAUGUACCAAAGCAUCCCACCCUCCCCUUUUGUUGUGUUAUUUUGCUGGAAAGCUUUAACCAUAUUUUCCUUCUGGGAUAAACUGGCAACGCAAAACAAACAAUACACACAGAGAGUACUGCCGUAUUAGAAGGACCUUCAAACAGUGAUGCAUUUAAAACUAGUGAUAUUAUUUAUUCCAAAGGACUAUAUUAACAUGCAAUGAGUUAAGGCUGACAAUUUAAUGUGUGUAUAAUUAGUUUUUCCUGAGGCAAAGUAUCUGUCUGGUUUAUUAUUAGUUAUUCUUCCUAGUGUGACUCCUGUUUUCACAGCUUUGAAUACCAUGUUGUUAAAGAAAUUCGACACACUGAAUACCUCGCUCAGCACGUCCUGCUGGCAAGUAACUUUUUAGAGUACAUCUAGAGGUCCCCCUUGUGGCUAAAAUACCUUUCAGCCUGUCAAUUAAGCAAGCCAUAUAAAUCUGCAUCAGACAGAUCCCAGACAGUCACUCUAGAAACUCAAGGACCUAUGCAGUCUUAGUGUUACACCAUUUGUCCCACAGCAGAAUGGCAGACUUUUUUCUUCCAAAAAGUACUUCGGAUGCAGUGGAGGAACGAGGAAAAUGGGCAAGCAAAAAGGAGUUUUUUCUAUCCGUAGCUGGUGCUAUUAUUGGACUUGGAAAUGUAUGGAGGUUUCCAUAUCUGUGUUACAAAAACGGAGGUGGUGUGUUCUUCAUUCCCUACCUCCUGUUCCUUGUGACGUGUGGCAUCCCUCUGUUCAUACUAGAAACAGCUCUGGGACAAUACACCAGUCAGGGGGGAAUCAUGUGCUGGAGAAAGGUCUGCCCAUUGUUUGAAGGUAUGGGAUAUGCCGGCCAAAUUAUCAUUUUCUAUGGAUCCAUCAGCUAUAUCGUGAUUUUAGCCUGGGCCUUCCUCUACUUUUUUUCUUCAUUCUCUGGAGAGUUACCAUGGGCCAGUUGUAAUAACACAUGGAACACAGAUGCUUGUGUGGUACUAAACAACUACAAUACAACAGCUAAUGGGACCUUACCUUUGAAAACAUCAUCCUCUGUUUUAGAGUUUUGGCAACGACGUGUGCUGAAUAUCUCCACUGGCAUAGACGACUUAGGAAAAAUACAGUGGGAACUUUCUUUGUGCCUCCUUCUGUCAUGGAUCAUCUGCUACUUCUGUGUCUGGAAGGGAGUGAAAUCCACAGGAAAGGCUGCCUACUUCACAGUCACCUUCCCCUUCAUCAUGUUGAUCGUGUUGUUGCUCAGAGGAAUGACUCUCCCCGGAGCCCUCCAUGGGAUCAAGUACUACCUGUACCCAAAUCCUGCACGUCUUGCUGACCCACAGGUCUGGAUGGAUGCUGGAACCCAAAUAUUCUACUCCUAUGCCAUAUGUCUUGGAUGCCUCACUACACUUGGAAGCUACAACAAGUACAACAGCAACUGUUACAGAGAUUCUUUCUUUCUUUGCUUGUUGAACAGCGGGACCAGUUUUCUGUCUGGCUUUGCUAUUUUUUCCAUUCUGGGCUAUAUGUCACAAAAACAGGGUGUUGACAUUGCUUCAGUUGCUGAAUCAGGCCCUGGCCUUGUGUUCAUAGUCUACCCACAAGCUGUAACUCUUCUGCCAUGGCCUCAGGUUUGGUCCAUAUGCUUCUUCACCAUGAUCAUCCUAUUAGGAAUAGAUAGUCAGUUUGUUGGGCUUGAAAGCAUCAUGACUUCUAUAUCAGAUGUCUACCCUUCCCAGAUGCGAAGAGGGUGUCGCAGAGAGCUUCUGCUGAUACUGCUCUGUGCUUUGUGCUAUCUGGUUGACCUGUUACUGGUGUCACAGGCUGGCGCAUACAUUCUGCAGAUCUUUGAUCAUUAUGUCUGCAGUGGACCCACCCUUCUUCUGAUGGCAAUACUACAGUCAGUAGUUAUUGGAUGGAUUUAUGGGGCUGAACGCUUCUCUGACAACAUUGAGGACAUGAUUGGAUAUAAACCUCUAUUUCUGGUCAAGUACUGCUGGCAGUACGUCACCCCGAUUAUUUGCAGUGGUACAUUUAUAUUUCUGCUCAUGAGAUACAACCCUAUGAAGUUCAACAACAUCUACGUGUAUCCUUGGUGGGCGUACUGGAUCGGCUGGUUUCUGACCAUGUCUUCUCUGUCUAUGAUUCCACUCAUCAUGAUUUGCAGACUGGCUAAAGGAAAAGGCACUCUGUUGCAGCGGUUAAAGAGAAUCUCCCAGCCUUUGGAUGACCUUCCAGGGAUGGCAACAGAAAGAGUACAAAUGAAUGCUUCAGUGCAAGGAACUACUGAUGGAAAAAUGGAAAAAUGAUAUUUCAGCCAUUUAAAAACAUUCUUAUUUACACUUAAAUAUGUACAGCAGAUUAUUUACUGUAUUAACCUGCUGAGUAUUUUUUUUUAUUCUUACAUGUUUAAAGUUGCAAUGACAUAUUUUAGCACUGGAUAAUUAUUUUUAAGAGAUGUUAAAUUGUAUUUGUUGAAAAACUGUGUAAAAGCCUACUUUUUGGUGCAACUACUUCUCUUCUUCAGCUGUUAAAUACCUCAAAACCUAUACACCUAUAUAUUUUCACCCAGUCCCUUGAAAAAUAACAAGGCAAUUGUUACCUGAGAACAUUUCCCAGCUUUUUAUUACAUAUCUGCUCUGUGCUAUUGGCCCAAAACAUAAUGUGGUGUGGUCCAGUAAGUUUGUUUGUGUGUCUUUCAAGGCUGUGCACAUGUAUUCUGUGUAUUCUUGUUGAAAAGAGAAUAAGAAAUAAGUAUGUUUGCUAAUUUCAACCAUGCAAAAACAACAAAACUAGAGGUGGCAUAAGACUUUUGUAUACUAUUGGAACUGUAACAUUUGCACAGCAAUAUAUAAGUACAUCAAAAGUAUAUGCCUUCUGCUUUUAGAGGAAUUUAAUAGUCUUUACAGUAUAGAUUAAGGUUAGACAAUGUUUUGCUUUUGUACUUUAAGACCAUUCAAGACGUUGUAUACUAUUAUUUGGGUGUGAAAUAAUUGUCUGUCUGCCACCUCUGGCUGCCUUUGACCUCACUGACUCAUUUGUCGAAGUUGUGUAAGCCUUGGAAGCGCAGUUACAAAACGCUCGGUUUUAUAACUUUGUUUUGGUAAUGGCUUCUUGUCUGACUGCUCCUCCUCUCUAUUCACUUGAGUAUCCUGUUAGUUUUAACUGAAUGGGCAUAUGCAGCAGAAAAGCCUUUUAUCAUGACCUGCUCAUAAGCUGUAGUCUGAACCAUUCAUGUGAAAGUAAAACUCCACAGCGCUACUGACACCAACAGGCGAUACACUGCUGAGGUUUUUAUUCAAACUCAGCCAAUGUCAUUAACUCUGAUUAUUGAAUGGUGAAUGGGAUUGUGUUUACUGGUUUGGUUUCUAUUAUAUGUAUUUUUAUUUUGAAAGUUUUGCUUUGUUCAGAUAAUUGGGCUUGUUUUUCAUCAUGUGUAGCAGAAAUACCUCAUUUGAAGGGAUUCCUCAGGAUUCCCCAAGUAUAUGGGCAAAAAAGCAACACUUGAAAAUGAAUGAUUUAUUAAUAAUAAAUAAUUUUAUUCUUCAUGAUGGUGUCAAAUUAAUAUUUGUACCAGUAUAUAGUGUCUUAUACUUAUACUACUGUUCUAUUCAGAUAUUUCCUUGGGUAACUACUGCAUACCGAUGGUGUUUUUUUCAUGUAUUUUUCCAUGAAA